CAUCAAUCUUACAUCCUCAAAAUCCAUCUCAAGAUUUACUCUGCAAUGGCUUUCUCUCUUAUUAUCUUGAGCUGUGCUUUGCCAGCACUAGGGGGCGUCAUCGCCGAACGAGCCCCGACUGUCUCUGCUCAGUUUCUUGGCAACUACACCAACGCGUACAACCCGAGCACCUCCCGUGAUUUGGGCUUCACCGGCAAGAUUGGUGGAUCCGUCAUCAACAGCUUUGGUGACACUGGUCUGUGUCGUCCGGGCCAAGUCUGCCCUCCAAUUUCAGCCAACUCAGCUGGUCUGGGACUGUCUCCCGUCUCAUACAAGGACACACCAGACUCCAGCAAGCCAAGUCAAUUCUGCAAAUACUUCGAUUAUGAGCCCGCGGACAAAUGGGGCAUGGGAAUUACUAACGUGGUUCCAAUCUCUGCAACUGCUGGAGUGAUCUUCACUCUUCCAAACUAUCGUGGACCAGGAACUCCUUACGGCGGAUCGAUCGUAGGUGCAGGAACCGGGAUUGUCACCAUUGAUGGCAAGACUGGAACUCCGACCUGUCUGAGAACUUCCCACUACAUUUGGGAUGGCCCCACUGAGCCGUGGUAUGGCGACCACAGUGCCUUCCUCGACGCCGAUGGUGUCUAUGUUUACGCUAUGGGCGGAUCGAACACUACUAACUCCAAGGGCUCGUACUUGUGGAUGGCUCGCGUGCCUGUUGGUCAAACAUUCAACACCAGUGCCUACCAAUACUGGAACGGCUUUGUCUACGGAAACGCACGUAUCAAAGCCUUGCAGCAGUACUCUCUGAUCGAUACCAACUCCAAGUCCGUCCAAGAUGGUGGUCAAGGACAGGUCAAGUACAAUCGUUACCUCGGGAAGUUCGUCUACGUCUACACCCCUGCCAGCGGCCUCAGCACCGAAGUUCGCAUGCGCACCAGCAGUAAUCCGCAAGGCCCCUGGAGCGACUACACCACCAUCUACGAUUCUAGCAAGAGCUGUUCUGGCCUUACUUAUGGAAUCGUAUACGAUGACAAUUGGUACGCAAACGACCAGAGCGUCAUCAUCCGUUACACUUGCUCGGCGGCCUUCCAACAGUCUGUGAAGAUCACAUUCACCAAAUGAUGAAGUGGUAACCCGCUGAAAUGACAUCCGACUCUUUCAGGCUCAACAAGAAAUUCAUGCGAGGCUUUGUCUCGCUUGUCUAUGCCUUGUACAUGCUAUGAAUAUAAGAAAUAUAUUACAAACACCGGCCAAAACGCCGUCAUAAAUCUAUAACAAAAGCAUCCAGUGCAACAUCCUUCUUCAUCCCAUCUA